GAAACUUUUUCCCAGCGCGUGCACAAAACCCGCCUUCCCCAGCCCAAACCCAUGCACACAUUGCCUAAUAAGGCUCCUGCUAACGCUAAGGCAUUAACUGGCCCCGCGUUUCUCGCUGUUGUGAGGGGCAGGGAAGUUUUAAAAACCCCACUUGGAUGGUGCAAUUGAGGAACUCUGCAGGAGGAGGAAGGGAGCUGGCUGAAGUUUCCUCCGGGUCUCUCUCUCUCCCCCAGGAGGCUUCCCAGAGCAGCCGCGGCAGAUCGCACUUUAACCAUGGGGGAUGUGAAACUGGUGUCAUCGACUCGUAUUUCCAAAACCUCUGUGACGCUGGAGCACUCAUCUCUCAGCCCCUCUGUCCCAACAGAAGCACCAGCAUUCAUUCUUCCUCCUAGGAAUAUCCGGGUGCUGCUGGGAGGCACGGCCAGAUUUGAGGGGAAGGUCAGGGGCUAUCCAGAACCUAAGAUCACAUGGUACAGAAAUGGACUUCCCAUCACAGAGGGAGAGUAUUACGUAGUGGACCGCAGCAUUCGAGGGAUUUUCAGCUUAGUGAUCAAAAAUGUGCAAGAGGAAGAUGGUGGUAAAUACACUUGUGAGGCUGCAAAUGAUGGUGGAGUUCGCCAGGUGACAGUGGAGCUAACUGUGGAAGGAAACUCCUUGAAGAAAUACAGCCUGCCAUCCAGUGCCAAAACCCCUGGGGGCAGAUUUUCUGUUCCGUCAGUGGAGAACAGGCCAAGCAUCUGGGGAGAAAGUCCACCAAAGUUUGCUACGAAACCCAACAGAGUCAUCGUGCGUGAAGGCCAGACAGGCAAAUUCUCCUGUAAAAUAACAGGACGACCACAGCCUCAAAUAACUUGGUUUAAGGGUGAUAUUCAGUUGCAGCAAAAAGAUCGUUUCAACAUGUUUGAGAAAUCAGGCAUCCAGUUCUUGGAAAUCCAAAAUGUUCGUCUGGCUGAUGCUGGAACUUAUACUUGUACCGUGAUGAAUAGCGCUGGGAAGGCAUCCGUGUCUGCAGAACUCAUGGUUCAAGGUUCAGAUAAGACAGACCUGUAUGUUCACCCAUUAUGCACUCCAACAAAAUCAACUUCCACUGCAACCAAAGCUAUUGAAAAUUCAGAAUUCAAACUGGCAACUAGCAAUGGGAUUGCUAAGGAACUGAAAUCCAGCAGCACUGGCCUCACAGCUGAAACCAAAGAGAGGACAGCAGUUAAGAAAGAGGCCUCUUCUAUCUCCUCCAAAGAAGCCAAGGACAAUAGACAACGACAGCUCAGAGAAACCAACACAGAACCUGCUCAGGAACCUAAAGGAGAAGCGAGGGGAUCUCAGGGCCUACAGAAAACUUCCAGUACCAUAACGCUGCAAGCCAUUAAAGUGCAACCAGAACCAAAGGCAGAAUCCACGGCCACUUCCACUGGACAGGAUGAGGACAGGAAAGGGGCCACACAGCCCCUGACGACAACUCGACAAACUGCGUCUCUCAUCAGACAAGCUGGUCCAAGGAGUAGGGAAGCAGAAAACAGAGUUGGAACAAGGAAGAGCACAACAGAGCAGAAGAGGGAGCCUCAGGGAGUCCCUCCGCAGUUUGAGAGCCGUCCACAAAGCCAGGAAGUAUUAGAAGGCCAGGAGGUCAAAUUCAAAAGCAAAGUUUCAGGGAAACCAAAACCAGAUGUGGAAUGGUUCAAAGAGGGAGCCCCUGUAAAAGGAAAAGAUGGCAUCCAAAUAUAUGAAGAGGAUGGAAUUCAUUGCUUGUGCCUGAUGAAAACCCACUUGGGAGACGGUGGAUCCUAUAGCUGUACAGCCUUCAACCCCAGGGGUCGAACGUCCACCAGCUGGGUGUUAAGUGUAAAAAGGCCUAAAGUUGAAGAGAUUGCUCCGAGGUUUUCCAGUGUCUUGAAGGGAUGUACAGUGAGCGAAGGGCAAGAUUUCGUGCUGCAGUGUUCUGUGGAAGGUACACCUGUGCCUCAGAUCACCUGGCUCCUCAACGAUGAACCAAUUCAGUAUGCCCAUUCCAUCUUCGAAGAUGGGGUUGCAAAGUUGACUGUACAAGAUGCUUUACCAGAAGAUGAUGGUGUUUAUACCUGUCUGGCAGAAAACAGCACAGGACGGGCAUCCUGCAGUGCUCAAGUCACUGUCAAAGAAAAGAAAAGCAGCAAGAAAGUGGAAAGCACACAGUCUGUCCAGACUAACAAGACCUUUGCACCAGUCUUCCUUAAAGGCCUGACUGACCUCAAGGUAAUGGAUGGAAGCCAAGUAAUAAUGACCGUGGAAGUAUCAGCUAACCCACCUCCUGAAAUUAUCUGGCUGCACAAUGGGAAAGAAAUCCAAGAGACAGAAGACUUUCACUUCGAAAAGAAAGGCAAUGAAUACAGCCUGUACAUCCAGGAGGUAUUCCCUGAGGACACGGGCAAAUAUACCUGCGAAGCAUGGAAUGACUUAGGAGAAACUCAGACCCAAGCAACUUUGACUGUACAAGAACCUCAGGACGGUAUUCAACCCUGGUUCAUUAGCAAACCACGAUCAGUGACAGCAGCUCCUGGACAGAAUGUCCUUAUUUCCUGUGCCAUCGCUGGAGACCCUUUCCCCACAGUUCACUGGUUUAAAGAUGGGCAGGAAAUAAUGCCGGGAGCAGGGUGUGAGAUCCUGCAAAACGAGGACAUCUUCACGCUGAUCAUGAGGAAUGUGCAGCACCGUCAGGCUGGACAGUAUGAAAUCCAGCUCAGGGUCACUGUGCUCACUCACCAUUGGCAAGGCCUUUCCUGAAGAUGUGGGCCAGUACAAAUGCAUAGCUGAGAAUGCAGCAGGGAGAGCUGAAUGUGCUUGCAAAGUGUUGGUGGAUGAUCCCUCACCUACAAAGACCCCAAAGUCUGCUGAGAAGAAGACCAAAAAGCCAAAGAGCUCGCUUCCCCCUGUACUCGCAACAGAGAGUGAAGCAACAGUGAAAAAGAAACCACCUCCAAAGACCCCCCCGAAGGCAGUUCUUCCCCCUCAGAUCAUUCAGUUUCCAGAAGACAGAAAAGUCCGUGCUGGUGAAUCAGUGGAACUGUUUUGCAAAGUAGUAGGAACGCCACCCUUGACUUGCACCUGGAUGAAAUUCCGAAAGCAGAUUCAAGAAAAUGAACACAUCAAAAUCGAGAAUGCUGAAAACAGUAGUAAGCUAACUAUAUCCUCAACGAAGCAGGAACAUUGUGGAUGUUACACUUUAGUGGUAGAAAACAAAGUGGGCAGCAGACAAGCACAAGUCAACCUCACAGUUGUCGAUAAACCUGAUCCCCCAGCCAGAAAACCCUGUGCCUCGGACAUACAAAGUUCUUCCCUCACUCUCUCUUGGUAUGGCUCUUCUUACGAUGGUGGAAGCGCUGUUCAGUCCUACACUGUGGAAACCUGGAACUCAGUGGAUAACAAAUGGACAAAUCUCACUACUUGCCGGAGCACUUCUUACAAUGUCAAGUCCCUGCUGGCUGACCGGGAGUACAAAUUCCGGGUGCGAGCUGCUAAUGUGUAUGGCAUAAGUGAGCCCAGUCAAGAAUCAGAACUGGUAAAAGUAGGAGAGAAACAAGAAGAGCCUAAAGAUGAAGCUGAGCUAUCCGAUGAUGAAGAGAAAGAAACAGAGGUUGACUAUCGGACAGUUACUAUAAAUAGAGAACAAAAAGUUGCGGAGUUCUACAAUAUUGAAGAAAGAUUGGGAUCGGGGAAAUUUGGACAAGUCUUUAAACUUGUUGAGAAGAAAACUGGAAAAGUUUGGGCAGGAAAAUUUUUCAAAGCAUACUCAGCUAAAGAUAAAGAAAAUAUAAGGCAGGAAAUCGGCAUCAUGAACUGUCUACAUCAUCCAAAACUUGUCCAGUGUGUAGAUGCCUUUGAAGAAAAAGCCAACAUCGUCAUGGUCUUGGAAAUUGUUUCUGGAGGAGAACUCUUUGAACGAAUCAUCGAUGAGGACUUUGAACUGACAGAAAGAGAAUGUAUUAAAUACAUGAGGCAGAUAUCGGAAGGAGUUCAGUAUAUCCAUAAGCAGGGCAUUGUCCAUUUGGACUUGAAGCCAGAAAACAUUAUGUGUGUCAACAAGACUGGGGCAAGGAUCAAACUCAUUGACUUUGGACUUGCAAGAAGAUUAGAAAGUACAGGUUCUCUGAAAGUUCUCUUUGGGACACCUGAGUUUGUGGCUCCAGAAGUUAUAAACUAUGAACCUAUUGGAUAUGCCACAGAUAUGUGGAGUAUAGGAGUUAUCUGCUACAUCUUGGUCAGUGGACUUUCUCCUUUCAUGGGAGACAAUGACAAUGAAACUUUAGCCAAUGUUACCUCAGCAACCUGGGACUUUGAUGAUGAAGCUUUUGAUGAAAUCUCUGAUGAUGCCAAGGACUUUAUCAGCAAUCUGCUAAAGAAGGAUAUGAAGAGCCGCUUAGAUUGUACUCAAUGUCUUCAGCAUCCUUGGCUGCAAAAAGACACCAAAAACAUGGAAGCCAAAAAACUUUCCAAAGAUAGGAUGAAGAAAUAUAUGGCCAGAAGAAAAUGGCAGAAAACAGGUCAUGCUGUCCGAGCCAUAGGGAGACUAUCCUCCAUGGCAAUGAUUUCUGGUCUGAGUGGAAGGAAGUCCUCUACAAGCUCACCUACCAGUCCUGUAAAUACAGAUAAAGUAGACCUGGAUGAUGAUGCUGCCAGGGCUUUCCUUGAAGCAGUGGCAGAGGAAAAACCCCAUGUAAAGCCAUAUUUUACUAAAACAAUCCUGGACAUAGAAGUUGUGGAAGGAAGUGCUGCUAGAUUUGACUGCAAAAUUGAAGGCUACCCUGACCCUGAGGUAAUCUGGUACAAAGAUGACCAAUCUAUUAAAGAGUCUCGUCACUUCCAGAUAGAUUAUGAUGAGGAUGGGAACUGUUCUUUGACUAUUUCUGAAGUUUGUGGGGACGAUGAUGCCAAAUACACCUGCAAAGCUGUUAAUAGCCUUGGGGAAGCAACUUGUACCGCUGAACUCCUUGUGGAAACAAUGGGAAAAGAAGAGGAGGAGGAGGAGGAGGAAGAAUGAAACAAGACGCAAAGGAAAAGAUAUUUGAAAAGUCACAUUAUAAAGACUAUAUCUCUAAAGCUCAGAAAACCAAGUUAUUAAAAACACCUAGUGUGAUACUUACAUCAUUGGGGGGAAGGUGUUGUUUUUUCAGCAUUAUCAGUUGAUACCUGUUUGUUUUCUUUAUGGGCAUUAAUUGGAAACAGCGGGCACUUUAAGUUGCUAUGGUGAUUGGAUUUAGUUUAAGUAAGUCGGUUGUUGCCCAGCCUAUUUUUAAUGUGAAAGUAUCAUACUUAAUCUACAAUUAUAACCUGAAUUUAUAAAUAUCCUAUUUAUUGAGCUCAUUCAUUUGCACCGUCACUCUCAUCAACCAAUACUAUAGCUGAGGUGGCUCUAUGAGAUCUACAUUUAUCUCUAUGCCCAGAAAUCUUUUAUCAAACACACACAAAGAUUCUAUUGGUCUUUAACACAAUUGAACCCUCCCAUAGUAAAGUCAUUCUUCACAUAAGUUAACUAUAAGGGAAGGUUACACUAUAACCAGCAUUGCAAUUUGCACGUUGUAAUAAAAUGAACCAAUCUUAGUCUUUCCUCCUCUUUAAAAUAGUUUCACUGUCUGACCUUUACACACACACACACACACACACACAAACACACACACUCUUAUCUCUUCCAAUUUGUUAUUAGUGUAUUACUAAUUCCACUAAUCCUAGACCUCCAUGAGUUUGUAUGAUCUGAUAUUUCUUUCCUGACCUUUAACCAAGUGAUUCUAAUUUAUCUACUUUCUCUUGAGGUGUCUGUUACCCUGGUACAGGUGCAGACGUCUGCUUUAGAAACAAACUGAAAAUGUAAAGAACCAGAAACCUUGUGGUUGUGCUUGUCAUUUUAAUAAAGAUUCAUGGUUCAUAUAAGUGCUGCUGGGAACUAUAGGUUAUUGUACAUCCAUUAACUUUGAUCUGUGUGUGGAAACCUAGUUUAGUUAAAAAUUUACUUGUAGUUUAUCUGGCCAUUACAAAACAGAUCUCAACUGAUGAUUAGCUGGAAAUUGCCACCGAUUUUUGGAGUAGCCGAAAAAAAAAAGAAGUUUGGAUUACAAGCUUCUUUAUACCAAGCAAUUACCAAAGAACCUUGUGUACCCUAUGUACUUGACAGUCUAGUUUUCAUCUUGAGCCUGUCAGGAAGGCUUUCGCCUUCACAUUUUUUUUUGCAAAAACAAAAAAUUCCAGAAAACGUGUCUCUUCUCAAAAGUGAUUAAUGCACUCAGACUGAGCAACUUUCCUUUACUCUCACACUAUUGGCACUUGUUAAUUCUUUUUGUUCAAGGGUAAUAUCAGAGGCCAUAAGAUGAUAUGCAUAAUCCAAUGAGAAUACAUUUCCAGUAUCUGUACAUCAUUCCAAAUGUGUGUUUUCCUUUAUUCCACUUUUUGUGUGUAGAGUACAACAAUUUUAAGUUUCAAGGAGUACCUUUUAAAAAAUUUAGUUCCUCAAAUUAAGGUAUCGAGUGUACUUUUAUGCAGAUGUAUAUGAUAUCAACUUUAGGAUGUUUGAUAUUACCUAGUUUUGUGUUUUAUAUUAUUUGCUCUUCUACAUGUCUUUAAAGUAACAAAUCAAGCUCAACUAAUGUGGAUCACACAAUGUUUUUUUAAAUAACUGCUUAGCUCUUUGUUGCUAGGUUCAAAUUGCCAGCACCAGCAUGUCUUUUCUUUUUAAAUGGGUAAAGAACUCUUGUUAUACUAAACACAAUAUUGCCACUACUCCUUAUAAGGAAAGAUUUUUUAAAUUUGAUUUAGAGCAUACAGAGUUUUCCUCACGUUUUAAAUGUGUUUAGGUAACAAUGAGGUGUCUUUUGUACCUUAAAAUAUGCUAAUGUUUCCCCAUUUUGUUAAACCAUCAGAAUUGGGAGAAAUGAGAACACUACAGAUGUAGUUACUCACAAUUUCUAAAUAAAUAAUACCACAAAGCAUGCUGUUUGUAUAA